CACAUGUCCAAAACUGUCAAAGUCAUCUGUCAAGCUAAAUUCUGUUCUUUUUUUGUAGAUUUAAUUGAAGGAAAGUAAGGAAAUAAAUAAAAUUUAAACCAAAUCAAAAUGCAACCACAAAUCCUAGUUCUGAAGGAGGGCACGGAUCAGUCCCAGGGCAAGCCCCAGCUGAUCUCCAACAUAAAUGCGUGCCAAAUCGUUGUGGAUGCUGUGCGGACCACCCUGGGUCCCCGUGGCAUGGACAAGCUGAUUGUGGACCACGCCGGCAAAGCUGUUAUAUCCAAUGAUGGAGCUACGAUUAUGAAGCUUCUGGAUAUUGUACACCCAGCUGCGAAGACCCUGGUCGAUAUAGCCAAGUCCCAGGAUGCUGAGGUUGGAGACGGUACAACUUCAGUGGUAAUACUGGCUGGUGAGCUGCUGAAAAGGUUGAAACCUUUCGUGGAAGAGGGUGUACAUCCCCGUAUAAUCGUGCGGGCCGUACGCACAGCUGCCAGGAUAGCCGUUGAGAAGGUCAAGGAGUUGGCCGUCCAGAUUGAUAACAAAUCGCCCGAGGAGAAGAAGGAUCUCCUGCAGAAAUGUGCCUCUACGGCCAUGUCGUCCAAACUCAUCCACCAGCAGAGGGGCCACUUCUCCAAGAUGGUGGUUGAUGCUGUACUGUCCCUGGACGCUCCGCUGCUGCCUUUGGACAUGAUCGGUAUCAAAAAGGUGUCCGGCGGAGCCCUAGAAGACUCGUUCCUGGUCGCGGGCGUGGCGUUCAAGAAGACCUUCUCCUACGCCGGUUUCGAGAUGCAGCCGAAGAGUUACGACAAUUGCAAGAUCGCUCUGCUGAACAUCGAGCUGGAGCUCAAAGCGGAGAGGGACAAUGCUGAGGUGCGCGUGGACAACGUGACUGAGUACCAGAAGGUGGUGGACGCCGAAUGGCAGAUACUGUACGAGAAGUUGGCGGCGCUCCACGCGAGCGGUGCGCAGGUUGUGCUCAGCAAACUGCCCAUUGGAGACGUGGCCACGCAGUACUUCGCUGACCGCGAUAUGUUCUGCGCCGGCCGAGUGCCGGAGGAGGAUCUGCGGCGCACGCAGCGCGCGUGCGGCGGCGCCAUCUUGUCGUCGGUGAGGGACCUCAAGCCUGAAGCUUUGGGUACUUGCAAGCAUUUCACUGAGAGGCAGGUGGGCGGGGAGCGGUAUAACAUCUUUACUGGUUGCCCGGCCGCCAAGACCUGCACCCUGAUACUCCGCGGAGGCGCCGAACAGUUCCUGGAGGAGACUGAGAGGUCUUUACACGACGCCAUCAUGAUCGUGCGACGCACUAUUAGAAACGACGCGGUCGUCGCUGGCGGCGGCGCGAUAGACAUGGAGCUGUCUAAACACCUCCGCGAGUAUUCCAAGACGGUGGCGGGCAAGGAGCAGCUGCUGCUGGGGGCGGCGGCGCGCGCGCUGGAGGCUAUACCGCGGCAGCUGUGCGACAACGCCGGCUUCGACGCCACCACGCUGCUGAACAAGCUGCGGCAGAAGCAUCAUCAGGGUGAGGUGUGGUACGGCGUUGACAUUCAGAAGGAGGAUAUAGCUGAUAACUUCGCUAGCUGCGUUUGGGAGCCGGCCAUUAUCAAAAUCAAUGCUAUAACCGCCGCUUGCGAGGCGGCCGCUCAGAUCCUGUCAGUUGAUGAGACUAUUAAGAAUGCGAAGAGUGGAGACGCACAGCCGAUGGCAGGCGGCCGCGGUAUGGGCAGACCUAUGAUGGGAUAAUUCGCUAAGACGACUUUAUUAACCCUAGGCAUUUAAAUCUUGAAAUGUUCUAUUUAUGUUUUAGUGUUUUAUGAAGGAUUUUUUUAUGGUUUCCGUUUUUUUUGAGGGCAUUAUUCAUAACCAUUGACUUAUUUAGAGAGGCCCUUAGUGUCUGUACAAACUAAUAUCAGAAAUGCGAAAGUAAGUUUUUUUUUGUAACUUCACUUUAGAUCCACUAUAAUUCGUAAAUUUUAAAUUAUCAAAAUAAAUAGUGAAAUUAAUUACAUAAAUUAAAUAAACAUCUUUGAUUACUCGUUAUUUUAAAAAAUGGUUAAUAUUUUUGAAAAUUCUUCAUAAAUCAUUGAAAAAUAAUAGGGAUUUUUAUUUUUCUGUCACAGAAGAAAAUAUAGGUUAUAAAAAAAUUGCCUUAGCCUUAUGCUAGCUAGGUACACUAUUGUAUUAACCCGUUCAGUCUCGUAUAUGUAUUAUGUUGUGGUCUUAUAAACCGCUUUACGUGUCGUACAGUCAACCGUAUAUCAAGUUACCAUGUAUGGAACUCGUAUGACGCGGUAAAAGAGGCGAAUUCGCAGUGAACUUUUGUAAUAUCUAACUACCCGAAUACACUUGCAAAUUCUCAGCUGUUGACUGAGCAUUUUGAAAUUUUACUUGUGAUUGUAACUCAAUCGAGCCGUCACAAUAACGCUACUAGUUAUUCAAAUGAAGAAAUUUCAGAGAUAAAUAGGUUUUGUACUGCAAGUUUUUAUAAACAAUUUGUAUGAUGCUAAUUUCAUCUCAAUACUUCAUAUUGUUUAGUAUUCACUAUUAUAAUUGAAUGCAACAAUGCAUUUUAUUGUAUUAUUUUGUAAAUAAAAUGGGGUCCGCAUCUGUCGAAGUGGCGCUAGUGUAACAUGUUCCCAUAACUGAUUUUAUAUCAAACUAUUUAAUAGGUUAUGAAUGAUCUUAGCUAUUUUAUAACAGUCUAGUUUUCUUGCGAGGAAACAAUGAACAAGCAAAAAAAAAUCACAGGGGAACAAGCUACAAUAGCGCCAUCUUCAAAUAUUUUUCACCGGCCGGCCCUAUUAAACUUCUUGUUAUUGAAAUUAAAUACAAUUAUUUUAAGGUUAGAAUAACUAAAUGAUUAACAGGAAAUGUUGGUAUAUUUAAUUAUUUACUGACUCAAUCCUAAAGUAAUUGUACAUGAUUUGAGCAAAUCUUCGAUGUUUAACUGUGUUUAUUAUCCAUUAUAGCAUUGAUUGGAAUGUUUACAAUAAUCACAAGGUCUUUAAAAUCGUUUCAUGUGAGAAAUGAUAACUACAUGACCUACUGAAUUAUGGUCAAUGUUGAAUGAAUGGAAUAUGUUCGCCUUAACGCCUUCACAAACGCUAGUGCUAAGUUAUUUUAGACGAUAUAAUAAUUUAGUAAUAAAAUACUAAACACCGU